GCGGCGCGGUAGCCGUGCGCGGACUUGGAGUAAGAACUCCGGGAGACUCGCGCAGGCUGCUGCGCUGAGCUGCUAGUGACUGCGCCUUUCUUUCGCCGCGAUUGCAAGGCCCACCAUGAGACGCCUGGGCUCGGUGCAGCGGAAGAUGCCGUGCGUGUUUGUGACGGAAGUUAAGGACGGGCCAUCGGCCAAGCGGGAGCACCAGCCAUUUAAAGUUUUGGCGACCGAAACAGUAAGUGACAAGGCCAUAGAUGCAGAUGUCUACAGUGCAAUUCCAACAGAAAAAGUGGAUGGGACAUGUUGUUACAUUACUACAUACAAAGGUCAGCCAUACCUUUGGGCUCGACUAGAUAGAAAACCCAACAAACAUGCUGAUAAAAGAUUUAAAAAUUUUCUACAUUCAAAAGAAAACUCAAAAGAAUUUCUUUGGAAUAUUGAGGAAGAUUUCAAACCUGUUCCAGAGUGCUGGAUACCAGCGAAAGAAAUAGAACACAGGGAUGGGAAACCAGUGCCUGAUGAAAAUGGACACAUUCCUGGUUGGGUACCAGUAGAAAAAAACAGCAAGCAGUAUUGCUGGCAUUCAUCUGUAGUCAAUUAUGAAUUUCACAUCGCGCUGGUGCUCAGGCUUCAUCCUGAUGAGUCUGGGCUCCUGGAAGUUACGGCAGUGCCGCUGUCAGAGCUCUUAGAGCAGACUCUGGAGCUGGUUGGCACAAAUGUCAACGGGAACCCCUAUGGGUUAGGAAGCAAGAAAUAUCCAUUACAUUAUCUUAUACCACAUGGAGCAUUUCAAGUGAGCAAUCUGCCUACAUUGAAUUAUGGUGACCUGUUGUCCUGGUUUGAAGGCUGCAGAGAGGGUAAAAUUGAAGGAAUCGUAUGGCAUUGCAGUGAUGGCUGUCUAAUUAAGUUUCCCAUAGGACAUAAGAACACCCUGAUGUCAGAUGUAGAAACAAUUCCUGAAUCUUGUGAGAGGUUGUUUGGAGAUUCCAGCAGGGGAAUGCAGCUACUCAAAUACCCUUAACUGAAGACCAGUUCUUCUCUUCAUCCUCUUCGAUCAAGUACACAGCUUCAGGAGGGAUGCACAUUGAGUAAGGGAGGAAGGGGACACUGCCUAGCCAGCCAGAUCAGCCAAAUCAACCUUGGUGGUUUAUACGGUGAUAGAUGUCACAGCCAGAUCACCCUCACAUCCUCCUGAAUCUCUUAAUAUCUAUUUUUAUCUACUUUCAGUUUUACCAAUAUGUACAAUUAAUGAGGGGGAAAAAAGUCAUAAAAUUCUUACCUUUUUAAGUUCUUUACGAAGCCUUUCAUUUUCAGCAACAAUUUUCUCUGUACCUUUGUUCUUGUAUUCAUAGUGCAGACUCAACCGACGCCCAAGGUGAGCUUUAAGUUUUUCUAAUUCAGCCUGGUAAUUAAUAAAGCUACAUGUUAUUAAAGCAAGGACAUCAAAUAAAAUAUGAUCAUGCAAAGUCAUACGAGUUAAUUCAAAGUAGUUUCAGAAACUAUUUGAUAUGAUGAGAAUUAAAGUUUUUCCAUAAAUACUAAUUAUCCACAAUAGGAGUCCUCACUCAACCUUGGUUACAGUUUGAAUGAGCUUAAGAUUUAAGAAAAGAGCAUCAAAACUCCUAAAAUACCACUCUUAUAACUCAUAUCUCUGGAGUGAGAAGCUGGGAAUCUGCCCUUUUGAAAUAGCCAAGAUCUAUGUUUACCAGAACUAGAAGUGGUCUUGAAAUGUCAAGGAUGAUCAAACUGGAGCCAUGCUGUUCCUACCUUCAGCUUUAUUUUCAUCUAAACUAGAACUAUAAAUACAGCCAUUACAUAUGCUGUGACUCUAAAAUUUCAAAACAGUAAAACAUUUAUAUAAAAAUGAUUACAUUAGAAGAAUUACCUUCAACUUUUCAUUUUCCAUUUCAAUAUUAGCCAUUUUUUCACUGGUCAAUAUUCCUGAUGCUUUUUUCAACUGUUCAUUUUCUCUUUGGACUUUCUCAACUACUUUCUUCAUUAAGCCAAUGGUUUUUUCUAGUUCUGGGAUUGUCUUUCCACUUCUACCAGACUACAAGAGAAUGCAAAGUUUUAAAGAUCCUGGAGUAUCAACACGAUCACAGAUGUAUUAUUGUACUCAUCAAUAUACCAGUUUGUGUUACAUGGAAUAAAAAUCAGAAAA